GUCCCGGUCGUCGGGGGCGGCGGCGGGGCCAGGUCGCGGCGCCACCAUGGCGGUACGACAGGCGCUCGGCCGGGGCCUACAGCUGGGUCGGGCGCUGCUGCUGCGCUUCACAGCAAAGCCUGGCCUGGCCUACGCCUGGGGGCGAGCCGGCCCGGCGGCAGCUUGGGGUCGCGGAGGCCGGCCCGGCCGGGCCGCGGGACCCGGCGCGGAGCCCAGCGGGCUCCGGCUUCCCGGCCGCUACCGCUUCUUCCGUCAGUCAGUGGCGGGGCUGGCGGCGCGGCUCCAGAGGCAGUUCGUGAUGCGGGCCCGGGGCGGCGCGGGCCCUGGCGGCAGAGCCGUCUUCCUGGCCUUCGGGCUGGGGAUAGGCCUCAUAGAGGAGAAGCAGGCGGAGGGCCGGCGGGCCGCUGCGGCCUGUCAGGAGAUCCAGGCCAUUUUUACACAGAGAAACAAGCUUGUGCCUGACCCACUGGACACGCGCCGCUGGCAGGGCUUCCGGCUGGAGGACUAUCUGAUUGGACAGUCCAUCGGCAAGGGCUGCAGUGCUGCCGUGUACGAAGCCACCAUGUGUGCAUUGCCCCAGUAUCUGGAGAAGGCAAAGCACGUUGGGCCCCUUCCAGAGAGAGAACCCGAUGUGGUCCCACAAGAGGAGGGGGAGAGAGCUCCAAAGGCCUCUGCCUUUCCUCUCGCCAUCAAGAUGAUGUGGAACAUCUCGGCCGGCUCUUCCAGUGAAGCCAUCUUAAGCACAAUGAGCCAGGAGCUGGUCCCAGCCAGCCGAGUGGCUUUGGCUGGGGAGUAUGGAGCAGUCACUUACAGGAAGUCCAAGAGAGGCUCCAAGCAGCUGACCCCACAUCCCAAUAUCAUCCGGGUUUUCCGCGCCUUCACCUCGUCGGUGCCACUGUUGCCAGGGGCCCUGGCUGACUACCCGGACGUGCUGCCCCCAAGUCUCCACCCGGAAGGCCUGGGCCAUGGACGCACGCUGUUCCUCGUAAUGAAGAACUACCCCUGUACCCUGCGCCAGUACCUUCAUGCGAGCGCUCCUAGCCCCCGCCUGGCCACCAUGAUGAUCCUGCAGUUACUGGAAGGUGUGGAUCACCUGGUCCAGCAGGGCAUCGCACACCGAGACCUCAAGUCUGACAACAUCCUUGUGGAGCUGGGUGCAGAUGGCUGUCCCUGGUUGGUGAUCUCCGACUUUGGCUGCUGCCUGGCUGAUGGGUGCGUCGGCCUGCAGCUGCCUUUCACCAGCUGGUAUGUGGAUCGGGGUGGAAACGGCUGCCUGAUGGCUCCUGAGGUGUCCACAGCCUGUCCUGGCCCCAGGGCAGUGAUUGACUAUAGCAAGGCUGAUGCCUGGGCUGUAGGAGCCAUUGCGUAUGAAAUCUUCGGGAUGGCCAACCCGUUCUAUGGCCAGGGAAGGGCCCACCUGGAAAGCCGCAGCUACCAAGAGUCUCAGCUCCCUGAGCUGCCCCAAAUGGUGCCUAUGGAUGCCAGGCAGCUGGUGAAGGCACUGCUCCAGCGAGAGGCCAGCAAGAGACCAUCAGCCCGAGUGGCUGCAAAUGUGCUACACUUAAGCCUCUGGGGCGAACAUAUCCUAGCCCUGAAGAACCUGAAAUUAGACAGGAUGAUCAGCUGGCUUCUCCAGCAAUCAGCAGCCACUUUGCUGGCCAACAGGCUGAUAGAGAAGAGCUGCCUGGAAACAAAGCUGAAGAUGUUGUUUCUGGCUAACCUCGAGUGUGAGGCACUCUGCCAGGCGGCUCUCCUGCUCUGCUCAUGGAGGGCGGCCCCAUGACACUGUGUGUCGCUGAUGUGUUACUAAAAGGAUGUGGCAGCAUCGGUGUCCUAAAGGUGUGUGGCUAUCAUGGGAGCUGACUGGGAGCAUGGGAGUCAGGGGACAAGCAGACUGAGUGAGGGGCUGGUCAGCCAAAAAGGAGGCCCUGGUUUGGCAAACAGAAAGAAUAAGUUGAUUCAGUUUGGUCUGUAGCCACUAACUCCCUAAGUUCUAUAACCUAUGUGGGCUUUAGUUCUUCUCCCUGCAAAAUCAAGGGAUGGGUCUAGAUCAGGAAUUGGCAAACUUUGUGGAAGGCCAGAUAGUAAAGUAAGUUGUUGCAACUACUCAACUCUCCUGAAGCACAAAGCAAGCUAAACUAGUGUCUAUGCUCAAUACAGCUUUGUUUGUGGACCCUGAAA